AGUCGUUUGUUGAUCCAACGGGCGUUCGGGUCUACGUGCGAGUGUUCGUGCGUAUAGGGAAAAAAAAAGAAAGAUAGGAGAGAUAGACAGAUAGAUAGAUAGGCAAAGAGAAAGAGAGAAAGAACUAAAAAAAAAAGAAGUAAAGUGUCCUCGUCAUAGACAAGUGAAAUUUUGGAAGCAGCUCGAAGGAGGAUUUAUCGAUCUUUUUCGAUGAUCGUCCAUGUCUUCAGAAGAGGAUUAGUGUAGUUGUAGAAGAAUUUUAAGCAAGUUAACGUAACAGUGCUUGAUCUAUCUGAAAAACAAUUAACUUCGAUGCAUCAUCGAUCGAAGACUUGAGUUAAAUCAUCAUUUUCGCGAGGGAGAGAGAAAGAAGAGGAAGGUGAUGAAGAUGCGAAACGCAGACUAUGUUAUUUUGAUCAUACAUUAAAAAAGAAAUUAAAGAGAGAGAGAGAGAGAGAGAGAGAGUAUCUGUAUGAGUGUACGUGUAUAUUUAGAAGAAGAGACAUACACGUACGUACUUCCAAUAGAUUCGAAAUUCAAGGAAAUAAAUUGAUAAGAAGGAAGCUUCGUGAGUAUAUAAAAAAAGAGAGAGGAGGUAGAGAGAAAGAAGAUAGAAAGAAGAAAGAUAGACAGAUAGAGAGAGAGAGAGAGACAGACAGAGAGAAAGAGAGAAUCGUUGGGUAUGUGCCCUGAUAAGGAAAGAGUAUUGACUAUGAGGUGUGCUGUCAACGAAAAGGCUGCUUAUGAAGAAGUUGAUCCUCCUUCGAUGAAAAAAAUGGAGGACGAGUUAAGGAUUGAAGGAGUCAAGGAAGAUCGAACAUCUCCUUCAGAGGAUUCUUCUUUGAGUGACCGGAUUGAAUAUGUUCCAAAGAUCAAGUGGUUGGACCUUUCCGCGCAAAUAUUCAUCCAUGGUGGUUGUCUUUAUGGAUUCUACCUCAUGUUCACGCAGGCGAAACUUUUGACGUCUUUCUGGGCUUUCAUAGUAAUAUACACUUCCGGUUUUGGCAUAACAGCGGGAGCUCACAGAUUAUGGUCUCAUAGGGCGUACAAAGCGAAGUGGCCAUUGCGAUUACUUCUAGUCUUCCUUUUUACGAUAACUGGUCAAAAGCACGUUUAUGCGUGGGCGUUGGACCACAGGGUGCACCACAAAUAUAGUGAGACCGAUGCCGAUCCACAUAACGCGAAAAGAGGUUUCUUUUUUGCUCAUGUAGGGUGGCUUUUUACGACACCCCACCCAGACGUUGUGGCUAAACGCAAAGUCGUCGAUAUGAGUGAUCUUGAAGCCGAUCCAAUAGUGAUGUGGCAAAAGAGAUUUUACAUACCUCUGUUUGCUCUUUUAACCAUUGGAUUACCGGUCGCCGUACCUUAUUAUCUUUGGUCUGAAACAUUCUGGACAUCUUUCUGGGUCAGUUUUAAUUUCCGAUUUUGCGUAACGCUCAAUAUAGCCUUCUUCGUUAAUAGCGUCGCACACAUGUGGGGUCAGAAACCUUACGAUAAGAAUAUCUCACCAGUUGAAAACAUUGCGGUCUCCAUAGCAGCACUUGGAGAAGGCUGGCACAAUUAUCAUCACGUGUUCCCAUGGGAUUACAAGACCGGAGAACUUGGUGAUUAUUCUUUCAAUAUAACGACUGGAUUCAUCGACGCUUUUGCUCGUAUUGGUUGGGCUUAUGAUCGGAAAUACGUCUCGCCAGAAAUGGUACGGCGAAGGGCUAAUAAAUCUGGUGAUGGUAGUCAUGUUUGGGGUUAUGGAGAUGUGGAUAUCUCUAAAGAAGAUCUUCAAGAAUUAGAAACGAUGGAUAAAAAAUUUUUAUAAAUAAGUAGUUCCUCUUUUAUUAUCUUAUAAUAUGCCCGGCGCACGAUAUAGCAGAAUCUUUGUCGUCGUUCUUAUUAUAAUCCUGCCGUCUUUUUUAUAUUUUCUAGAAAAAUAAAACUAUCUUAGGUUUAUAUAACAAUUUUAUAACCAUGGAAUAGCAAAGAACACGCUCAUGCGUUAUUAAUUGGAAGCAUAAAUAUAAUUUCGUGCAAUGAGAUAUAUGAGUAUAACAAUGAGGUAAAAAGGAAUAAAACGAAAAAAAGAAAACAAAAAGCUAUUUUUACGCUCUUUCGUUUUUUUUUUGUUUUGUUUUGGUUUAAUACAUACUAUGUAUUUCCAAAUGGGAGCACAAAAAUACGUUAGUUUUAAUAAAGUAUUAUUCAUUUUUGUUGUUAUUUCCGAUUGUAUGGAUAUACGUUUUGUAAUAGAAAUGCAACGGAUGUCAUAUGUUACUUUUGUUAAAAGAAUAUUAUUCUGAUUUAUUUGUCAUAAGACCAUUAGCUUAAUAAAUAAUGAAUAAAAUAAAAAAUAGAUUUUUCAAUCGCCAAGUUUUCACGGUAGAUUUUCCAUAGUAGUUUUUUUUUUCUAACGUUUAAAGAUUUGAUACAUACAUAAUGAAAAAAUAUAUAUAUGAUUUCUAUAAGAUAUAAGUACACGAAUAAUAUAUAUAUUAUUUAUAUAUAUAUAUAUAUGCGAUAUAUAUGUAAUUAUAAUAAUAUAUUCACGAAUCGUAUUUUUUAUAACUUGUUUGAAAAAAAAACAAAUGAUUAUGAUUUUAAUUCCAUUAUUUAUAAAUGAAAUCAAAAUAAAUCAUUUAUUUAUUGAUAAAAUAAGUGAGUAAAAUAAGUUUGAUAGAUUUUGUUACGAUAAUUAGAUUCCAUUUUAUUAUUGUAAUACUUCCAUGAGUGAAAUAUGAAACGUAAGCAUUCAUAGUAACCGAUACUUGUGUGAAUUCUAAAGGUGCAUAUCCACUUGUUGCGUAUUCUCAUAUCAUAUCUUCGUUAUAUAUCAAUAUGGAUAGACAAAGGACAAAUUGUAUCCUCUGUUUUUAUACGGAAGAAUGAUUUGUAAUAAUGAUACUAAAAUAUGCAACAAGUGGAUACGCAUUUUAAUAUAUAAAUUAUCGUGAAAUCUGCCUCGAAUUAAUAAUUUAUUGUCACUGAUGAUCACUAUCUUAAAAUAUAUGGAUCUUACAUUACAGAUUUUGGAUAAUUUUGUAUAAAUCUACAGGAAGUAUAUAUAUGUAUAGGCGUAUGCAUAUAUAUAUAUAUAUAUAUAUAUAUAUAUAUAUAUAUAUAUAUAUAUAUCGAUAAUACUUUUACUCGAUACUUCUUUUUGAUUUUUGAAUUUUUGUUCCAGCACGAAUAGAAGAACUUCGUUCUUAUUUCAAUAUUGUGAUACUAUUAAAUCAUUGUACAGUUACUUAUUAUAUUAAUAUAGUAAAUGCUAAUGAAGUAAAUGCUAAUGAUGAUACAUGUUUAAUAUUUAUGGAAUCUUAUAAUAAAAACAUAUUCUAUUUAUAUAAAAAAUAAAAAUACAAAAGAAGACAAAGGUCAUCAUUUCUUCGAAACACUUUUCAGUGAGGUAUUUUAGCACAAUCACGAUGUGAUUUCGAAAUGAAGGAAGUGACAUGAAAAUUAAGGCAGUGGUCGAAUAAACAAGAUUAAUUAACAUAA